AUGUCCUCGAGAUCGUCCUCUCCGUCGCCGCCGCUGCGGGGCUCUUCCGCGUGCCCUCCUCAUCGAAAUGCCUCGGAUCCUGCGCACGCGAGAUCACCUUCUCUCGGCCUUAAUGUGCCUGCUCCGCUGGAUCUUCUCGCGUUAGCUGCUACUGCCACCUCUCAUCCUGACGAUACUGGACAGCCCGAGGAAGCACCGAUAACCUGCCCUGAGUUUAUCCAGGCGUCAGUGGAUCGCGAAUCAGUUGUGGAGGAGCUUCAGGAGGAGCAUCAUGACUUACAGCGCGUUCAUGCAACUGCCAUACGCCACACGCGCGAUCUUCACACGCGUCUCUCGCAAGCUGGGUCGGCCGCUCAACAUUUUAUCCAGUUUUGUCAAGAACGUCAUGACGCAAUCGUCCGGGAGCUCGGGGUUACAAGCGCGUUGCUGACGGAUGAACGAGUGUCCGUCCAGCGGCUGGAAGCCGAACUCGCGUCCGUGGCCAGCAUCCGAGAGGAGCAUAGACGUCUCCAGGUUUCUUCCGCCGUGGCUGACCGUCAAUCUCAGCGCCAGAUCAAGAUCCUAGAGAGGCAAGUUGUCGAUCUCCGUAGUCAGCUCACAGCCUUGACAGGGCAUCCUGAUCUCGUCUCGGCACCGCCUCCUGCGUUAGCACGUCGCCUUCAAGCUCAAGAUCGCGAGGUGCGAUCGUCUCGAGAGCGCAUCGCCACACUGAAGAGGUCUGAAAAGGCCUUAGAGGACGCCACGGCACAGCUUCGGCGUCAGGCGGAAGCUGGGAACCGUCGCCUGGCUCGGCUUCGUGAGGAAUGUGGCGAGUAUCAGCAACGACUUGAGUCCCUUCGGGACGAGCGUGAUCAAGCGACCACCCAACUGCGUGGGACACGUGAACGGCUGACUAAGACUCGCUCCGAGCUUCAAUCUCAAGCGGAGCAUAUCACCUCCAUGCGCUCAUCCAUGUCUCGGUUGGAGGGGCAAGUAGCUCAGUGGAGAGGGGCCGACGCUGAGUCACAAGCCACUCUGACGGAGCUUACCGCCGAGACCGAGCUUCUGCGGCAAGAUCAAGAUCGACUGAGCCGCGUUUACAACGAACUUCGUGAUCACUACGCAGAGGCGUACACGCGGUUUUCCGCAGUCGCUUCUGCGAUGGGGCAAACUGUUACACUGCCACCACCGUCCAACUUCGCAUUGCCCACCUCUUCGCCUCAGCCGUCGACCGGCGCCAACAACAAUCUCGUGGAUUCUACAGCAACCGCUCGAUCUGAAUCCUCUUCCAUUAGUCCGACCGCAGCUCAGGGUAUGCUUGACCUGGGUGGGACCUCGUCCCGUUCAGUGGAACAUAACGUAGGUGAUUCCGACCUGUUCGGCUCUGAAGAUGACGAAGAGGACCCCAACUACCUUGCGGCGUUAGCCAGGUCGAGAGCCGAACUUCGUCGAUCUCACUCGCACGAAGAGCACCGUACCGAUCUUGUCCGACGUCUUCCUGCCGCCCCUAAUCCUGAUGACGACGGCUCGUCAAGUAGCACGGCAAACAGCUCUUCAGAUCAUUUUGGCCGGGGGUCUCAACUAGGCAGCUCUCCAGAUGCUUCGUCCGACGGUGAGGAUGAUAGUCUUUCCGAGAUCGACAACUCUCGGGCUCAAAACUAUGGGGCCGCCGCUUCGGCUAGACCCAGUAGUACCUCUCAGCGACUGAUUCCGGCUACUACCACUAUUCCACGGUUGCAGUGGAUUCCUGGCUACGAACGGGUUCGACGUUUCCGGGCUGGGGAUGUUAUCCCAUGGGAUGCCCACAUCCUGUCUUCCUUGACUGUUGGUACGAUCUCAGCCUCGAUCUUGAAAGGGCUGUUGGACAAUGUAUAUACCCCGAUCGCAUACCCGUUCCAAAUCACGACUAUGAACGACUAA